AUGGUGAAAUCGAGUGAAAAUGGGGUUUCUAUACCGCCUUUUCUGUUGAAGUGUUAUGAGAUGGUGGAUGAUCAGUCAACGGACGCUUUGAUUUCUUGGAGUAAUACUAAUGACAGCUUUAUCAUUUGGGAUGAUACUGGGUUUUCGACCGAAUUGCUUCCCAAGUACUUCAAGCACAACAACUUUUCCAGCUUCAUUAGGCAACUCAAUAUCUAUGUGAGCUUCUUUACCUUUAUUGCAAUCUUUUAUCUGGGAAAUCGCUGGGAAUUUUCAAAUGAUGGAUUUAUCAAGGGCCAGAAGCAAUUGUUGAAGAAUAUCAGCAGAAGAAAACAGUCUCAGGGCAUGGUUCAGCGAAAUUCUUCCCAGCAAAAAGACAAAGAUGUUGGAACAAGUGAAGAAAAUAAAACUGUUGGACUGUGGAAGGAAGUUGAAAGUCUUAAGACUGAUAGGAACGCGCUCACGCAGGAGCUAGUUAAACUGAGGCAGCAUCAGCAGACCUCACGGAGUAAGUUAUUGCUCCUGAGAGAGCAACUGCAAGGUAUGGAGAAAAAUCAGCAGCAGAUGCUCUCAUUCAUAGUGAUGGCCAUGCAAAGCCCUGGGUUUUUUGUUAAGUUGUUGCAGCCAAAAGAAAAUAACUGGUGUAUGCCUGAACCUGGUAAGAAUGUACUGAAGCAAGUUGCAGAUCAUCAUGAACCACUACAUUCUGAGGGGAUGAUCGUAAGGUAUCAACCGAUGGACGAAUCUUCCGAGCCUCUACCCACACCGACUGCAAAUCCUGAAGAAUCUCUGGUGUUGAAUCUUUCUUCUGAUGAAGUGAAAGAUCUCUUUAUGAACAUUGAUUUCAUGUCAGAGCCUUUGGGUGAAAAAAAAAUUUCUUCGGAAAAUCAUGGCCCACUCAUUCUUCCGGAUCUACCUGAUGACUAUAGUAUGUUGGAACAGCUGCUUCUAUCUAGUCCAUCUUCAGAGCAUGAUGAAGAUGCUGAGCUUGAUCCUGAGGACCACGCCUACUCUGGAAUGGAUCUGGAGUCAACAUGGUGUGGAACCCAGCUGGAGAAUUCUAAUACGCAAAAAAUUAUGAAGGAAGGAUUGGAGAAAUCUCAGAGUAUGAAGAUGGAUACAAUAGCGCUUGAAGGCCGGCCUGAUUGCCCUCAAAAUGUGGAAAUUUUAACUGAACAAAUGGGGCUUUUAGCUUCUGAAAGAGGCCACAAGCAUUAA